AUGGCUCCAUAUGAAGCCUUAUGCGAUCAAAAGCGCAAAUCUUCGAUCACAUGGCUCGAGGUUAGUGAAUCAAAGUUAUUGGGACCCGAUUUGGUCCAGCAAGUAGUAGAAAAGGUCAAGCUUAUCAAUGAAAGGUCAUUAGUAGCUCAAAGUCGCCAGAAGUCGAUUGUUCACAGGAUAGGAGAAGUGGCCUAUGAGCUAGAUCUAUCCCCAGAUUUAGAGUCAGAACAUCCGAUCUUUCAUGUAUCCAUACUUCGGAAGUGCAUUGGAGACCCUUCCCCGGUGGUACUAGUAGAUGACCUUCAGAUCACAGAAGACUUAUCUUAUGAGGAGAUCCCAGUUGCUAUUCUAGAUCAUCAGGUUUGUAGAUUGAGGACCAACAACAUGGCUUCUGUAAAGGUACUCUGGAGAAAUAAGAACGUCGAAGAGAUGACGUGGGAAGUUGAGGAAGAUAUGAGGUCUUGA